CCCGGAUCCCAGCCACCAGCAGUUUGCCAGAGGCAGCCGCCAUUUUGACCUGAGAUCUCGCGGGGGGUUUCCGGUGUGGCCGGGUAGUCUCGCGAGAUCCUUGAAGGUUUGGAGCCACGCCCACCCCCGUUUGCAGGUCGUUGUCCCUGGAGGGGGCGGGGCCUCCGCUGACAACAUGGCGGAGAGUGACGGGGAGACCCUGGAGUCCUGGCUGAGUGAGUCACCAGGUGUCAUUCAAUGGGGAGGGGGGGGAUGGGGGUGUCAGAUUCCAGGCCAGAGUAGCCGAGCUCAGAGUAGAGAUCACUCAGAGCAUUGCUUGUACACCUCCACUGCCUGUCCCUUAAACUGGAAAUUCACUCUGAAUUCCCAACCUAGCCCAGGGAGGAUGGAUCAUUCUGGACUACAUCUCCCAGAAUGCUCUGACACCCACAAUGCUGGCAAAGCAUCAUGGGAGGCGUAGUCCGAAAACACCCGGAGUGCCAAAGGUUUCCUACGCCUGCGUCUAGUGAAUAGCACCGACAGGGAAUUCUAAUACGAACGGCAGAAUUCAGCCCGAAGUAGCCGAGCGCGGACUGUGUUAGAGGCGAAUUAGACCAGGUUUAUACAAUAUAUAUAUAUAUAUAUUUUUGUAAGCGUUAUGUCGUCAUGCAGGUUCCGUUUCACUACAUUUCAGAGUUUAGUGAAUAAGUCCCACAGACGCGGUUAUUCGGUAACGUGUAAAUAGUCACGGGUUCGCUGGAGCACCCGGGGGUGUGUGUGUUUAACGGAUCACCUGGCACCCCGACUGGGUACGUCCGUUGAAGGAUGCGCCUAGCGCUUCCUGAAGGCUCCAAGCACUGCAGCAGACACCAUAACCACCAUAGACUCCGAGAGCAAGACAGGAACAAGCUCUUACAAGAGCUUAGUAGUGAUAUAGCAAGAGAGUAUGACAAGCAUAGCAAUUCCUUGUAGCAGAUUCCCCCAAUAAGAGACAGCACUCCAAAUUGAAGGUGAAGUAGAACUGAUUUACUGGGGCUACCUGCCCGACUUUUAUGCAGGUCUUCCACCUGGUGGACACUCCCCUAGGGGACCAGAUGGAAGACUGGGAAACAUAUUGGACAUUGACCAAUCACAAUCUUACAAUCCCACAAUGCAUCACAAUCCCUCCUCUCUUACCUGGAGAUAAUUGGGAAGUAAUCCAAUUAUCUCCAAGGACAGAGGCAAAACUCCAUUAACCACAUGGCAGACAAAGGACAAUAAAAGACAUAAAAUUACAUACUGUUACAUUUAUCACAUAGAACAUACACAUUCUACCUAUCCCCAGAUAGCUUAGAUCUGAGCGCUCAUUACUACCGGAUGGCGCUCAGAUCACAUACAUACAGUUCAAUCGCCAUGGAGUCAAAGUCUUUCAUACAGUCUUUCAGUAUACGGCUGGGCUCCAUGGUAUAGCUAUCUGGGGUAGCAUGGCUUUAACAGUCCGCAGAAAGGCACAAACCAGCCUUUCUGCAGGGAAAAAGAACAGUGUUAAACAUGGGGCCAUAGUCCAGUGGCAGGAGGCGGGCGACCAGGCUCCGCCAGUGGCGAGGUUGGUUCCGCCACAGUAUGUGUCAAUAUAUACUAACAGUUUCCAGUUUACUCGUACGAAAGUCAAAUUGAGUUUCGUUCUAUGCGAAAACAGCCAACAUGAAAACCUAGCUGACUUGAAUAAUUUUAUUUUAUUUCCCAACCAUUUACACUUUGACGAAUAACCCACUUAGGCUUUCCUUCAUCCUGCAAUAAGAGGGAGUGACAUCAUCGUACCUGUUAAUGACUGUCAGAUAUAAAUAUAUAUAUAUAUAUAUAUAUAUAUACCAACUCUAACUGGCACAUCUACUUUAACCACCCUAUUAAAUGAUGUUCUCUAGAGAAGUAACAUGUAGACGGAGCUUCCCUUUAAUACGUUUUUCUUAGAAGCCAGUUAUGACUUUUGGCACACCGGACAUUGGGGUUUGUUGAUUAAAUUGGAAAUUGUGGAGAAUUAAGAAGAAAGGUGUCAGAUUUUGCGCCCAUGUUGCAGAAUUGUAAACAUUCUGUAGUGAAACUUCCUUUACCGUUUGGCGUUUGUGGCUUGAAAUAACCAAUAUUGACAAUUUAGGAAUUGUUACUCACAUGUGGCGGAAGAAAUGUGUGUUGUGUGAUACGUGUUGCUCAAUGUGUUUUGUUAGUUUAUUGUUAUAAAUAACCAGUUUGUAUUGCUGGCAUGCCCACAAACAUAGCAAUACAAAUUACAGAAGGGACACUCCAGUCCCCAGCUUGCUAAAGUGCUUUAGGGGUUAACAGAAGGUCUUCCAUUUUUCAUUCCUAAAAAUGUUGAUUUCAAGACAAAUCUGCAAUUUUAUAAAUUAAAUUGGAACAAUUUGGAAACAACCCUCUCACAGUUAGGUGGGCCUUCUGGCUCACACAGUUUGAACGUUCAUUCAAGUGGAAGUGAACAAACUUCUGCUUGAACAAUCAUUAGUCAAUAUUUCCUUUCGAGAAGCAUUCUAUUGGGCAAUUGCCGCAUCUAACCUGCAUAUUUGCGGCAAUUUCCGUUAAUGUUGCAAUUUUGUCUGAGGAGCCAGGGUAGACUGUGCGAUGUAGAUCAGUGGCAAGAAAGGACUUACCGAUGGAUAAAAAGGUGUGUGUUUUCGUGUGUGGGGGUUGCCUGGCAUUUAUUGUAGUAAAGAAACACUCCAAAUACCAAAACGGUUUUAGCAUUUAUUUUUUUGUAACACUGGAGUCUUCUUUUAGAACCUUUAGCAAACACACAUUGCCAUUAUUAAUACUAUCUAUUGCUAGCACAGUGCAAUGUUAGCAUAUCUCUGAUUUCCAUCAUGUGAAAAUAUCAGUUGUUGUCUUUCGCAGAUAACCCAGUUGGCCUCCCCUGUUAUUAGAUCCACACAAAUCAAUUUAGUGUUUUUGUCUUACUAUGCAUUCCAUUCCAUUUCCAAACAGUUGGACAACUUACCUUGUCUCCUCAAUUAAGAACCAGAAGCUCUCCAGUCUAAACUAGCCAAGCAAGGACCCCCCAGCGAUGACUGCACAGCUCUCAGUAGAUGAGGUGAUCAGUGCACGCCAGGUUAGUUGUCAAACCGUUAGCAAAUGGUUUGACAUUACUCACCUUAUGAUGGUGCCACGACACUCCUGGCACCAUAACCACUACAGAGAGCUGUAGACAAUUAUGGUGCUAAGAAUGUACCUUUAAAUGAUUGACGAUUACAAAGAGACUGAGAAGUUACAUUAUAGACUACCACUUAGGAAUUAUCAACUGCUGUAAACUGGCAUUGCAGUGAAUGGGUCUAGAUCUGUCAGGGAUCCGCGGGCGGCUAGGAGGGGAGGCUGCACGCCACUUGCAGCACUCACCCUCAGUCCAUCGCCGCCCGCGGUCUCCACUCUGUUUACCUGUCGGCGAGCGGCGUCUCCUCUGUGCCGCUCGCCGCCAGCGUCCUCCACGCCCCCCAGCGGCAGCAUGUAUAACGCUGCACGCUGGGAGGUCAAUGAAUUAAGUAAACGCCAGGGUCACGUGAGUGACCCGGCGUUAAAGAAACAGUACCACAAUCACAGUGGGGGGUAUAGAUAUCCCCCACGUGUGAUUGUUAAUUCUGAUUGGAAGUUAUCCAAUCAGAAUUAAACCAAGGGUAUUUAUACUCACCUUUCCUGUCUCUCAGUGCCCUGUUGUGGUCUUGUGAUACCUGUAGCGUAGUGUUCUCGUCUUGCUCUCUGGUUACUGAUUAUUUGGCUCGUUAUUCCGAUUAUCCUGUCUUCUCCACUCCUUUGACCUCGGCUUGUUUCUCGUUCUCCCGUUUUCUGGCUCCCUUUACUUGGCUUGUCUCCUGACUAUUCUUAGCGUGCUUAGCCCGGCCACUCUAAGGUCCGGUACGGCACAUUUUCUGUGUGUGUGUGCCAGCGUGUUGGGUUCCCCGAAUCGUGACAAGAUCGAUCAGGCUUCCUCAAAUUCCGGCCCUCCAGUUGUUGCUGAAUUACAACUCCCAUGAUUCUCAGCCUAUUUCAUUCAUAGAAUCAUGGGAGUUGUAGUUCAGCAACAUCUGGAGGGCCGGAGUUUGGGGAAGCCUGGUCUAAAUGCAAGCUGUCUAGGUAUUCAUGAUCAGUUUGUCAUUGUGAACUAACACUGGGCUGUAAUGUAAGUAGAUGCGAGUAGUCAUUAUUAUUCAUUGACACUAUUGGUGUUUUUGCCAUAAUUUCUCUCAACCAAAUAUUGGUAUUUGGAAAUGGUAGAAUUUGGAUGACGUGAGGUCAAAAUGUAUCUGUUUAUAUAACCAAUUCCAUUACAGACAUCACACUACAUCAUUUCAACCGAAAGUGUGUUAUUUGUGGUACACAUUUACCUAUACACAAGCAUAUUAAUUUGGAAGACUAAGUGCCAUGUUUUUUCCCAGCUACUCACAGGAACAUUUCAGUUUUUAUGCAUUUAUUGUGUAAUCGGUCUAUGUUAUCUUCUGAGAUCUGUUUCUUAUGCCUUCAGAUAAAGCCACAAACCCUUGCAACCGUCAGGAAGACUGGGAGUACAUCAUCAGCUUCUGUGACCAAGUUAAUAAAGAAUUGGAGGGGUAUGUAUGUUGGGAUGGGAGGGGGGAUAAGGGGCAAGAUUUAUGUAUGGGAGUGUUUGACAGUCUAGAAGGCAGAAUACCGUUAGUUACAAGCUAACUGAAAUCUAAGCACGUUGCAAGAUGUUUGGUAAGUUAAGAAUUUACUUAUAGACCAAAUCGGUGGAAAAAAGAAAAACAAGUCAAGCAGUUUUGGAAAAGCUAUUCAUAAACAUGUGCAUCUACUUCCCCCUGAGUUUGCAUAAUCUAUAUCGGGCAUUUUGAGUUUAAUCUAGUUGGUCAGUUCAGAGGCAGUUUCCAAGUUUUCAUUUCAGCAGUGAAUGAGUUAUCAAAUUGGCAUUCCAAAAAAUUACAACCAUUUUCAAAAUAUGACCAGGAACUAGGAACCUGUAAUAACCAGCAGGAAUAAGGGACCAGCUCCAUUCAUUUCUAACACUGUAUGUACUGGGAUUAAAGACUUAAAUGAAUAUUGUAAGGUCAGGAACACAAACAUGUAUUCCUGUGCAGCGCUGCCCCAAGAAGCACCUCUGGUCACCAUCUGAGGAGUGGCCAGUAAAGUUAUCACUAGGCUGUAAUGUAAACACUGCAUUUUCUCUGAAAAGACAGUGUUUACAGUUAAAAACCUGAAGGGAAUGAUUCUACUCACCAGAACAAAUUCAAUAAACUGUAGCUGUUCUGGUGACUAUAGUGUCCCUUUAAAACGAGGGUGGGUCUCAGGGACAUUCACUGCAUAGAAAGAUGAUUGUGACACUUGCACAUACCCAAUGUACAGCAAAUAGACGAGGGGGCAAAUAUAUAUUUAGAACAUCAAGUUUACCUAAAAACCCUCAAAUCUUGGGUUUUGGUAUGAUAAUACUAGGGACGUGGUACAUGUCAAAGUAACAUCCACAAUGCCAGGACCCAAGGUUUCCCAGCAGAACAUUACCGUGAGCAUUACACUGCAUCUGUUGGCCUGCUUUCCUCCCAUAGUGCGUCCUGCUGCCAUCUCUUUCCCAGGUAAACCACACACACGCACCCGGCCAUCCACCUCAUCUAAAAGAAAACCUGAUUCAUCAGACCAGGCAACCUUCUUCUAUUGUUCCAUAGUCCAGUUCUGACACUCUCACAUUCCCGUUGAAGGCGGUUUCAGCGGUGGACAGUGAUUAUCAUGGACACUCUGACCAAUCUGCGGCUACACUGCAAACUGUGAUGCGCUGUGUGUUCUGACACCUUUCUAUCAUGGCUAACAUUAGGUUUCUCAGCAAUUUGAGCUACAGUAGCUCUUUUGUGUUUUUCGGACCAGACGAUCUAGUCAUCGCUCCCCAUGUCGGUUCACCGCUUGUACUUCCUUGCACAACUUUUAAUAGGUAAUACGCACUGCAUACCGGGAACAGGUCUAGCCAUCCCUAUUUGGUUCUUGUCAAAGUCACAGAUCUUUUCGCUUGCCCAUUUUUCCUUCUUCCAACACAUGAAAUUCAAGAACUCACUGUUCACUUGCUAAAUAAUAAAUCCCAUCUCUUGACAGGUGCCAUUAUAAUGAUAUAAUCAAUGUUAUUAAAGCGAGAUUGUAGGCACCCAGACCACUUCAGCUAAUUAAAGUUGUCUGGGUGCUGUGUCCCUAUUGCACUUAGUGCUGCAAUAUAAAACAUCCUUGCUCAUACUUGGUUAUUAACCCCUUAAGGACACAUGACAUGUGUGACAUGUCAUGAUUCCCUUUUAUUCCAGAAGUUUGGUCCUUAAGGGGUUAAAGAGUCAUAAAGACCACUCCUAUGGAUUUUUAAUAUUCAUUAUUUUUGCUGUGCCCAAGGUUUACAGAGCCAGCUGACCUGUUCAGGGAUAGCUUGGGUACUGGUUCGUGUGCUCAUCGGGUCGGUUUGUUUUGGUUAAAAUACAGUUUCACUGUUUCUCUUGAAAGGAGUUAAUGAAUCUGAAUUACUGUGGCAGCACUUUUCAAAUAACCCCCUGAAUUAAAUAAAAACAUUGGACUUGAUGGAACCAAACAUAUGACCAGUGAUCUGGUAUUGCUGACUGUUUUAAUGCAUUAGAAUAUUUUGUAUACUUGCAAUUUGUGUUGUUUUUUUGUUCUGGUGCAUGUAAGCUGAUUUUGUUCUUGUUAGUCCUCAGAUUGCCGUCAGACUUUUGGCUCACAAAAUCCAAUCCCCCCAGGAAUGGGAAGCUCUGCAAGCACUUACUGUGAGUAGUUUCCUUCAUAUAUUCUAUAUUCAUUGCCAUACAACGUCGACACUAAUUUUACUUCACAUGUUUCAGAUUUCAAUAUCAUGUAGUAUAGUAGGUUAGAGUAGAAUGCUAAUUGUUCUGUCUUUGUUUCCUGUGGCCUCGGUUAGAACAUAGUGCUAAUUAAGAGAAGAAUUUGUGACAACGUUGCCAUGAUUGAAGACCCAGAAAAAAUAUUUCAAUCAGAGAAAAUCAGUAGAAAAGCUAGAUUAUGGAAUGAGACUAUUUAUAAAGGGAGAAGCUAGUGAAAUGGGUAACGUGAGAGGUGGUAAGUUGGACAGGCAGUAGAAGAACCUGGGAAUUGUUCGAGUCCAAAUUAAAGGGUAGCCUUGAAAAUGUGAUGCCAUAUAUCAGCGAAAUACAAUAUGGAAUGGCUGGAUUCACAAUGGUUGGAUCUUCAGCUCCUCCGUUAUCCUCCGGUAUUUGUCUAAAUGGUAAACAUGAGGGACAAGUGUGUUCAAUCAAGAUUGCACCCUUUACCACCUUGUAGACGCGUGUGUGUGUGUGUGUGUGUGUGUGUUUUUCAGCAACCAGUUGCCAUUCUGUGCUUUAAACAUUCAACUGUACAUUUAUUGUGCACCAUUUCACAUUUGGUUUAGAAAAAACAUGAAGACCUAACUUUGAGUCCCAACCCAGGGCUGAUAAAAAUCUGUGAUCAUAUUCACUGUAGGUUCUAGAAGCCUGUAUGAAGAACUGCGGGAGGAGGUUCCACAAUGAGGUUGGCAAGUUCCGCUUCCUCAAUGAGCUGAUUAAAGUUGUAUCCCCAAAGGUCAGUGACUGUAAACAUCACUCCUGCAAUUCACAAGCAUUGAACGCAUGUUUAGGAGAAAGCAUAGAAGGGCAUUUGAGAGGUGUUGCCGUUAUUUUUUGUUUUAUUUAAACCAAUAUUUGUUGAACUUGGAUUUGUUAUAUAUUUCAGUAGUUAUUUACUUACCUGGCUUAAAGGGAUUCUCUAGUGCCAGGAAAACAAACCCAUUUUCCUGGCACUGUAGAAUCCUGGAGUGCCCCCCUCCCUCCCGCCCCCAUCACUGCAAUAAUUACACUUGCAGGGUUAAGGAUGAUGGGAGUUGGCACCCAGACCACUUUAAUGGGCUGAAGUGGUCUGGGUGCCUACAGUGUCCCUUUAAGCGAGAUUAAGAAAAAAUUAAAAGCUAAAUUUUAUAAGAUUUCCCAAAUGUAUUUUUAUCAGUAGUUACAUACUUCUUAAAAAAUUAAAUUAAAUUUGUCUAAAAACAGGUUUCUACUAAAUAUUGAAAUAUAUAAUGAAUCUACACUCACCAGUGGUUUAAGUUGUGUAUAGAACUCUCCGAGUUACUUUGUCUACAUCCCAAUCAGUAAUUAUGGGGAUUGCAAAUAGGGGUUUGUGAGCUCCUAUGAUUUUGGCACUAUUUGCCUUGUCCAGUUUAACCAGAGCAUUGUUCUUAUAUAUAUAUACUGGAGGGGGUGGGAGGAGUCAGAACUGGGAAAAAAAUGUUGCGCUGCAACGUAAAGUUUGGGUUAGCAAUGUAUCAUCACGGUGACUGUCCAACUUGAUAAAUAUUAAAACAUAUUAGGACAAGUAUUGUUCUCCACUAACCUUAUCACUGUGUUUGUGUGUUUUUUUUUCUUUUUUCAUUCAAACAGUAUCUAGGGGACAGAGUGUCAGAGAAAGUGAAAAGUAAAGUUGUUGGCCUGCUAUAUAGCUGGACAGUUGCCCUACCCGAGGAGAUCAAGAUAAAAGAUGCUUACCAUAUGCUAAAGAGACAAGGUACAGCUUAAAAGAUGCAUUCUACUGUUUGUACCUCAUUACCUUCAGCUACAAAUGGACUAGCUAAAGAAGUCAAGGAGUUCUUCUUCCUAAUCGAUUUUAAUUUGUUUAAACCUGGCUUCGAUUUUUUUUAACAUACAUGUGGCCAGUCCAGCCUUUAAAAACAUACUACUUCAUUCUCUCUGCCGGUUUCUUACCAUCUUGAUUUGUAUCUAACCCAUCUUUAUUGACAAUUAAUACUGUUUCUCUGUUAGGCAUUGUCAUCUCAGAUCCUCUAAUACCAGUAGAUCACACUCUAAUACCCUCUCCACCCGCUCGUCCGAAGAAUCCCAUCUUUGAAGAUGAGGAGAGAUCCAAGGUGAGGUGGGAUUUCUGCAAUACAUACAUAAUAUUUUUCACAUUUGCAGAAUAACUUUUUACUUGCCCCAGGUAGUUGUUGUGUAUUUUGAAGUGAUACGCGAUCAGAUUCUGCAGCACUGUACGAAGAAUGUCGUUACCAAGAAAGUGUCACACUGCUAGCAUUUCAUCAACUUGUAGUGUAUAUGUAGACUGGUACAAAAGGGAUUGAAGGUUCUUCUGUGAGAUUACAGUGCUAUCGUAAGGUGUGCCUGCACAGCAAACAUGGGAGAUAGAUGAAAUGACUUUAAAAGAGAGAUCCCAUUAUAAAUGAAGAUUUUUUUUGAGAAAUUGGAUGGUUAAUGCGGGUGGUAGGUUAAAGAGUAGGUAGUCAUAUUAAGGUGUUUGUAUGGGGAAUUAUUAGGGGAGUAAGUGCUUUUCUAAAUAGAUGUGGGAUAAAGUGAAGAGAGAAGGUCAAGGCAGAAAAACUAGAGAGGUCUGAGAUUAUUUAAACAAAAGAACAUAGCUGUCUGCCAUCUUCUACUUUAGUGUUGGCAUUAUGACCCCCUUUUUAGUUUAUUUUUAACUAGUGGGUGUAGUAUUAGCAAGGACUUUGUAAGCACCGGUGAAUUCAUGCCAGUGAGAAGUCACCAGCCUGUGGCUUACCAUUUUGUUGUGCCUGGUAUUCAGACUUUGUGUACUAGAACAGCUGUUUUGUCUCUUGAUGUUUCACCUUUCCCAAUAGUCUAUGUUUAUUUUUGUUUAUAGCUUUUGGCAAAAUUGUUAAAAAGUAAGAAUCCAGAUGACCUCCAGGAAGCAAACAAGCUGAUUAAAUCAAUGGUUAAGGAGGUAUGUGUGAAACAAAAACAGGUGAGCUCACAAGGCUUUUUUUUUAACCUAAUUUCAAAAAAAAUAUUUUCCCUCUAAUUGACACUCCCCCCCCCAUUGAAGAUAAUCAAACCAAACCUGAGAUGGAACAGCUGAUAUUUUCAGCCAGUAAGCUAUCUUUGCAGAGCUUAGCUCAGUCAUGAUACCUAGAUCUCCUGCUUAGAAGGUCCCAUCUCUCCAUUGAAAGUAGUGGAGGUGGGAGCAGCAGCCGGCUACACCCGAUAAAAACUUGGUGAUAUGUCAGGGCACUUCUGGCACCUUAAUCACUGCAGCGAGUUGUUCUCUGCAUGUAUUUGAUAAUGGAUUAAGUAAUACAGUUGCAUUAAUACAAAUCUCUUAAUGAUGAUUAUCUCUGUACAUUGAUCUUUCUUGUCUUCAAAGCAAAACUAUUGCCAACCACUGAGAUUGGAUCUUAAUUUUGUUUGUGUUUAUUUUAUUUUUUUCUUCAUUCUUUGUGUUCGCCUUCCAAACACAACUAACAGGAUGAGGUGCGCAUGCAGAGAGUGAGUAAGCGUGUUCACACGUUGGAGGAGGUGAAUAACAAUGUGAAGCUGUUACAGGAAAUGCUGAUACAUUACAGCAAAGAGGAGUCAUCAGAGGGAGACAAGGAGCUUAUGAAGGUGAGAUCUGUGUGGUUUAUCUUAGUAACAAGGAGGAUAUACUUGUGGGCUUGGCUGGAAAAACUGAUGGAAUUUUAAUUCUUAGAUGAUGCAGUUGGAGAAGAGGAAUUGAAUCGGGUUAGUGAGGUGCUAGAGAAAGGUGUUACUUUUAAGAACAACAGUCACCUCAAAAAAUAUAUAAUCCUUUUGUCGAGUAUUGAAAGAGAAUCGUAUAUUUAAAAGAAGUAAAUGUAGAAUAUGACAGGACCAUUCUGCCAUAUACAUUCAUCUUGGGUCAGAAAGUGUUUGAAAACAGUUAGUCAGUCUCUAUGGUCUUCCCUGCUAGUAGUGUAUUUAGGAUUUGUGGUGCCCUAGGCAGGACCGUGCCCAGACACCCACUGACAGACACACACACUCAUUGACAGACACACACUCUCAUAUACACUGACAAACAAUGACAUACACACUCACUGAUUUGACACACUGACAGACGCACGCACACAUGCACUCACUGACCGACUUAACACACACAUUCACUGACCGACAAACACACACUCUCACUGACCGACACACACAUUCACUUAGACACACUCACAGACAGAUUCACUGACCAACUCACCAACACAUUCACUCACACACACAUUCACUCACAGACACACACAUUUCCACCAACAGUCACAAAUUAUUAUUUUUUAAAUCCACCCAGCCUCCCUAGAAGAGCUGGAGUGGAUUACUAACCUGCGGUCCAGUGGGGCUGCUGGUCAGGCAGGCAGGGGCAGACAAGCAGAGUAGACGGCGAGGGAGCUUUAACUUUCCUGCUCAGCUCCCUCGCGCGCCGCUUAGUGAUGCCGGGAGCCGAAGUGAUGUCAUGUUCCGGCUCCCAGCUUCAUUAAGCGGCACGCGAGGGAGCUGAGCAGGAAGAGCUCAGGUGCGCAUGCUCCCUCGCUGCCCGCCUCGGCGGGCUCAGAAGUGCCCCCCAGGACAUGAGGCAAACAAAGGAUCUUCCUGGGCGUUUGGGGGCAGCUUUUUUUUUUGCAAAGUGCCACCCAAGGCAAAUGCCUUGUUUGCCUUGUGUAAGAUACGUCCCUGUUCCCUGCUCUAUGGUCCUUUGUAGUUUUUAAUCCAUGAAGUUAACAGGUUUCUACUGUAUUCCCAAACUGAACGAUUGCAGGAUAUUAACAUAGAUUUCACAGUUGUUUUUUAUUUGAGCCAUGUUGAAAGGCACUGUUAAUAAAACUGCACUAUUCAAAAUACAGAACCAUCAACGCUUCACUAUACUGGUACUUUAAGUAGUCAUUUUGAUAUUGAUUUUGAAAAUGCCUUUGCGUGAAUUGAUAAAAGAAUUCACGGGAGGUUUUUAGAAGACAUUUAGCAGUAGAAACACUCGUGAAUGCAGCCACCUCCUUGGGUUGCUUUUAUAGCAGAGAUGGUUUGUUAAUUCUGGGCUUUCUGACCGCAAUCUGUUUGAUCCCAAAAGAAGAGAACAAGAUACUGAAUAUCUUCAUGGCAACGUCUAAUUUUAAAAUUCAAAGAUCAGCUUGCGGAAGGGUAGUUAAGUAUCGUGCUUUAAGUCAUUGUUAUACUAUGAUUUAUAUUAGAAUGGAACGUGAAGUACAGGGAAUGAGAAUAUCAAGAAAUACACGGGUGGGAAAAUGUCUCAGGAUGGUCAGGUAAAGGUUAAACCACUAAUGAUUUGUAGCUAUUGGGCUGUGACACUAUUUUAAGGGAAAGCGGUUAAACGCAUAUCAGUGCUUGUGGGGAUGAUUCUAAGUCUCAUUUACAGUAGUGGGUUUUGGGUGGGUGGGCAGUUUAAGGUUGGAAAUACAGUUGAUUUUAAUCAAUGGCCAAUUUUUACCUCCUGUGUCUUCAGGAGCUGUUUGAGAGGUGCGAAACCAAGAGGCUCACCUUAUUCAAAAUGGCCAGUGAAACCGAGGAUAAUGACAGUAGCCUGGGUAUGAAAUCCUUGCAGAAUUUGGAACUCUAUACUAGAACAUCACAAGAAGCAUUAAAACCCUCUGGUCAAUAUUUAGCUUCAUUAUCUGUCCCAUACGAGAAAUGCAUUUCUCUCCUUAGCUUAUUCAUAUCACCCACCAUCCUCCCCAUAUAAUGUUCCCUUAACAUUUCUCCAUGCCUUUACCUCAUUGCCUUCUUACCAUUUCCCUAUGUCGUUAUGGUUUACGGAGCUGCUCACGUGCCCUUAGAAUGUUGCCACAUUAUGUUUCUAUGUGUAUUUAUAUGACCUGUUAUGUGCCUACUGUGCAUGCGUAGGAAUCUUGCUCUCUGCGUCCUAGCGUGCGUGAUUAUUGAUGAAUCAUUAUGUCACAUUCAGGGGACAUUCUACAAGCAAGCGACAACUUAUCGCGUGUCAUCAACCUGUACAAGAAAGUUGUAGAAGGUCAAGACAUCAAUGGAGAAUUGGAGCUUCCAGAUAUAUCUGACAGUAAUGAUCCUUCUUCCUAUAUUUCUACCAUACGCUAAGCAUUUAUGGCCCCUGUUCUUACUACACUAGCCCAUCCCUUUCUUUUGUCUUUACCUUUGUUCCUUUCUGCUACCCAUUACAAUAGCAUUUAUAUUAAUGGGUAGCAGAAACGAAGAGUUGAAGACAUCUGUUCUGGGGUCUGUUGGUUUACCAGUAUAGAAAACUUUAGUAUGGCAUUUUUUUCUGAGUUUGUUUUAAGACUUUUUGUUGGAAUGUGCUAUUGCCUUCUGAAACUCUAUUCUUUAUCACACAGAGUCUUCCUCCAAUAAGGACAUACCCACCCUCAUUGAUCUCGGAGGAUUUGAAGCCCCCAGCCCACCGGUGGAGCCAGUUCCCGUAAUGCCAGCACAGCCACAGCAGCUGCCAGCUAUUAUUCCCAUCCUUCCCCCACCUCCUCUACUCCCAACACAUACAGGCAGCCAGUCGUCUCACACAGAUAAUGCUUUAAUUCAGAUGAACAGUAUUUCCAGCUCUGUUUGUCUGCUAGAUGAGGAGUUGUUGUUUUUAGGUAAGAACCCGACUAUUGUCCUUUUAAUUAUUCCUGCAUAAUGUUACCUUCAGCCUUUAGAAAGGUGUUGAGAUUUGGUUCUACUGUGUUAGCUUAAUGAAACCGAUUCUGGUACAGCUUUGUCCAGUUAGCUUCAAUUACUCCUCACUCAUCCACAGGUCUAGAAGAUUCAUCUAUAAAUGAGACUUUAGAAGGGACUUCGGGUUCCAAAAGUGAUAUGUUGCAGGUAUGAGUCUGUCUGUCUGUCUUUGUGAUGCACUCAAUAAAAUCACAUGAAGGUAUUCAACGCAUGAGCAGUGGAGAAGUAAUGAAGCAUUAAACAAGGUUACAGAAAACCUAGGCUGGCCACAGUCUGAAACUAGACUCGGAAAGGCUUAAAGGGACACUACAGUCACUAAAACAACUUGAAUUUAAUGGAGCAGUUUUAGUGUAUAGACCAUGCCUAUAAAGUCUCACUGCUCAAUUCUCUGCCAUUUAGGACAUAAAUUAUUGUUUUUGUUUGUGCAGCCCUAGCCACACCUCCCCUGGCUGUAACUGACACAGUCUGCAUUAAAACAAAAUGUUUUUUGUUUUCUUCUCCUGCUCUAUAAAAUUAACUUUAAUCACACACAGGAAGAAACUUCAUGGUCUAGCAAGCUAUUAAACGUGCAGGAGAUAAGAAACUUUAAAUUAAACAGUCUGUACAAUAAAGGAAGUAUAAAAAAUAGAUCUCGAGGGGCAGAGCCUGGCAGCCACGCUGAGCGGUUGCACAUUACACAAUGUCCAAGCCAUAGUGCUCAUAUACAGCCAAAAUCCAUGGCGGCAACAAGCAACAGAAUCUUCGACAGAAAUCGGCAGCUUCUUUCCGGAGAUUGACCUGAGGCCUACAGAGGGCAAAUCCAGAUGGCAAGGGAGAGGUGGCCGAUCCCUUAGCUGCUGCAGCCUUCUCAGCUGGAGGUCUCGCCGGCAUACUCUUCUCCCCCCCCUUCCCUGCCGGUUUGGGAUAUCCCAGCAAACAUAACCUGCGGCUCAGCAACAAAACAUUGCCGAACAAGCAACACGUGCAACUCCACGUCCAGCUCUCCGCUGCCCUGUAUCAGAGAGGCUUGAUCGCCUACUAACCGACUUCUGGGCCAAACUCACUCUUCGUAGGAGCACUUCUGAGGUGAAACCACCGCCAAAAAUCCCACAGGACGUCGUGCAGCAGCCAGAAACUCCUGGAUGGGGCCAUGACGCGGCUCGAAUAGUGGGGAGGAGAAGGCAAGUGACCCGAUGAAAACCUCUACACCACAAAAUCAGACCAGCGGUAUGCCGACCUACCCAGAGAGUAUCCCCUCCUGGAGACCACCAUUCCACCUGGGAGACUACACUAUACAGGGGGACCUCGAGCUCUAGCAGCACUGAGACUGCCAUGAGACUGACACAACAGGUUCUCAGGAGUGCACCUGGGACUGGCGGGGUGCUAACAUCGGAGACCCAAGCCAUAAACUACACACCCAGCAACAUCCUCCAUACGUCAGGCGUAGGUUGAAAAACUUGAACCCAAUGCCAUUGUAAAGUAAGCUCCAUAUUGUGCAGUAUAUGGCUCUAUGUGUUACACUGCUCACAGUCUCUUAACCUACAUCACUUCUACUGUUUGAGCACCAUUCUGCACCUUUUCUUAUUAUUUCACGCGCAGAGCAAUUCCAUAGCACACCUUAUGCCGAUUUCUCUACCUCUCUAUUACCCUUGUGCAGUCCCAUGCUGUUCAGUACCAGUAUAAUCCCAGCUUGUUGGCUAUUGUUAGGUGAUAUCUGUCCACUUACAUGUCUAACUCUUUCAUCUCGUUGCAAGGUCAAUAUGCACGACCUUUAUUUUCACUACUCAACUACUGUUUUCAGGUGAAUAAGCAUGUUAUCAUUACAAAAAAUGAGUGCAGCACAUCUUGACCUUAUCUGUUUACAUACUAUCAUUAUGCAUCUUGUACUUUUCACUGCACUCCUAAAAUAAAGAAUUUAAAAAAAAUUAGAUCUCUCUUUACAGGAAGUGUUUAGGAAGGCUGUGUAAGUCACAUGCAAGGAGGUGUGGCUAGGGCUGCAUAAACAAAUUGAUUUAACUCCUAAAUGGCAGAUAAUUGAGCAGUGAGACUGCAGGGGCAUGAUCUUUACACCAAAACGGCUUCAUUAAACUAAAGUUGGUUUGGUGCCUAUAGUGCCUCUUUAAAGAGGAACUGUUGUAUUGUUAAUAUAAUGUUUACAUAUCCUUUGUAUCUAACAAAUAUGUAAUUGUGCCGGCUGAAAAAUGAAAUGGCGAAAUACAUCUUGGAACUGAGUGCCUACAUUUUGACUGUCAAUCACUGUUAAAAGCCCUGUAGUUUGCACCUGUAAAAGUUGUAAACAUCUCCUACUCUAAUAUAAUGUGUGCCCUGGCUGUGCCAGGACUGAACAUGUGUGUUGUGGGUGUAUAGCUUUCAAGGCAAGACCAUUCACCAAUGAAGAUUUAAGCUUUAAAACUGUAUACCAGAUAAAAUGUGCAGUUUACAUCUGCCAAGUAGCUUUCUUGCCAUAUGAUAGACCAGCUUUGUGUCUCCCUCUAGUGGUUCUAACUGUGUAUGACUCCAACUCUGUCUGUGCAUAUAUUAUUUGCUCUGUGCUGCCUUGUUUCCUUGAUUUUCACUCAAUCCAUUUUUUCAUAGGGGGAUAAGGGGGAACUGGACUUCUUUGCUGGACCUCCUUUGUCCUCUUCAAAUGUUACUGCCUUGGAGACACAAUCAUUACAGCCACUGUGUGCAUCCACGGUGGCAUCGCAAUCCUCAGUGUAUUCCCCUUUGUUCUCUACUGCUACUUCAGGACCACCGCCCGUCCCACCAGGUAGCUUUCCUUCUGGGGGGAUUGCCUUGCAUGAGCUGGAAAUGUUAGGUGCACAGCUACUUGAGGAGGCCAAAAGGUAAGCGUUGUUUAGUAUACACAUUUAAUUUUCUUAUUUCUUCCAGUUCAAUAUGUCAAUAAUACAUAUUCAGCGGUAAAUGAAUGAUUAGUGUUACCAUAAAUCUUUCUUGUGCUCAAUUUAUUUCAUUUUCAGCUCAUCCAGUAAACCUACGUCUUCACCUGUUGGUUUAAGCACCUUGCCGGCCUCCGCUCCUGCAAACCCUCCAAAUUCCGUGUCUGCUGCCCCCUAUUCGCUUCCUUUGGCUCCUGGUAGCCCCCUCUUUUCCUCACAGCUGCAGGGCAGCCCCCAGAAAGGACCAGUUAUCUCCUUAGCAAAUGUGAACGUUCCAUUGGAAUCAAUCAAACCCAGUGAGUUGAUCGUGCAGGUUAUUAUAAACAUUCACCCAGCACAGCAAUAGAAGCACACUAUUAGCCAGAAUUCUUACACAAAACCAACAUUUUUAUAAACAUCAGCAGCUUUCAUUGCAGGUUUCUCAUGAGACAUGAGAUGAUUUGAAACAACUAGUAAGGGAUGGCUGAUUUAUGCAUUUAAAUAUAUUUGGACUAAAAUGUCAUUGUACAGACUUUAACGGAAGUAUAAUUGUAGUCUUGAUACACAUUCUCUAAUCUUACUAAUAUUGUGGUCAAUAAUAUUAAUAAGCCCAAAUACUAAUAUAUGCUGCUACCCCUGUAGGUACCAUCUUACCUGUCACUGCGUAUGACAAGAAUGGAUUCCGAAUCCUGCUGCAUUUUGCCAAGGAGUGUCCCCCCGCUCGCCCUGAUGUCCUGGUGGUAGUAAUAUCUAUGCUUAACACGGCGCCCUUGCCAAUCCAGAACAUUCUCCUGCAGGCUGCUGUACCCAAAGUGAGCAGGUCAACCACCUGAAACUUGUCUUGGUGCAAGUUUUGCUAGGGGUAACAGUUUUUGUUAUUUGUAAUUUCAGACAAUGAAGGUGAAGUUGCAACCUCCGUCUGGCACAGAGAUGUUACCUUUUAAUCCCAUUCAGCCUCCUGCGGCCAUUACACAAGUCAUGCUGCUGGCAAACCCUCUGAAGGUAAUGUGUGAAGAUGGAGGGUAAUAAGGAAAUUAAGUGUCCUAAGAUUCAUUUAAAAAAAAAUCCUAACUUUUAAAACUCUAAUUGCAAACUCUUGGUACUUUCAUAGAUAAGUAAAAUAAUGCUACACUUUUGCAUUGUUGUAGAUACACUAUUUUGUGAUCUGUACAUUUCUUGGCCUGUACGUAGUGAAGGUUAAUGGGAGUGCACUGUGUAAUAUACUAUACUUUAGUGACCGUCUUCAUAUUUUCUUUUCUACUUUAGGAAAAAGUCCGUCUCCGGUACAAGCUGUCUUUUACGCUAGGGGAGGAGUCCUACACGGAGGUGGGCGAAGUAGACCAGUUUCCAGAACCUGAUCAGUGGGGGAAGCUAUGACCCAGAUUCCGUUGUAAAUCUAGUCCCAUGACAAGGAACCGGAGGUGACAUCACCUUGAAGUUCAGAUUGUUUACACGUCUUGUCUGCACUGUGUCUGUUUGAAGGAUAAACUGAACUCAAACCAAUAGAUAAGAGACCCUCAAUGCACUUUAAUCUGACUUUCUUGAGUGGACCAUUUCCUGAUGCGUACAACCUGUAUAGCAGGCAUGUCAAAAUGUGGACCCUCCUCCUCUCUUUUAUUUUUUUUAUUUUAUUUUUUUUGUGUCUUGCAGAUUCUUUCAUUUUCAUGACAAUUAACCCACUCCAAAUUUGUAAGUACAUUUGAAUCAAAGAACUGCAUUGUGGCCCCCAACAAAUAUUUAGGAGACAGACCGACUCCUGUGAUAUUUCAGCCCUGCAUUUAUUUAUGUACAAAACCUAAAUAUUUUCACAUAUAUACUCUUUGUGACCUUCUGAGCCAGAGGUUAGAGGCAGACAAAGAGUGGAUAGUGAAUAGGUAAAAAGUUAAACAUACCCACUUUAUAACUGCAGUUUUCUUGAUCAGCCUCAACGUAAUGACUUGUGGUCAGAGGAUUAAUGGCCAUUGUAAUUUUAUAUUCUAGACAGUAUUAUUAGAAUAGUUAUGGAUUUAUUAAAUUUGGAAUACGUGUGCAUCUAGACAUCAUGUAGUUAUGAGCCCUUCCAUAAGAGGUGAACAAAACAUGUCGACCUGUCUGUUCAAUGUUCAUAUGCUUGGCAGAUAAGCUAUAUUUCUGUGAUAUAAUUCAUUGUAAGAAACUGGAUUCUAAAGGAUGUUUAAAACACUGUGAGAUUCUUGGCCAUGUUAGGCUAGGCAGAGAAGAUAUAUUCUGUGACUUCAGAUCCCAUGAUAUUUUCCAGUGUUAGAAAAUAGAUCAGGCAAAACACUGCGACAUUCACGGUCUAAAAAGACCAACACACUAAGAGACAAAUUGUAAUCACAACUCAGAAGAUGUUAGAGGGCUUUAGGUCUGCGUGCUCUACAGAGCUUUUCUUACAUAAAAUAGACAACAAAAAAAAGAAAAGUGUGUGUAUAAGCAUAUAAACAUGCAUAGUAUGUAGAGGGCAUUGUUCCUCUGUAUUAAUGUUGUGAAAAAAGUCAUUGUUUCCUAGAUGCAGCCUUUAGAUAUCUUUCCGAUGUGCUUAAUUGUAUCUUGUACAUUCUUACAACCAUCUUCCUUUUAUCGGCCUUGUUCAUUAGACUUAAUAAAUGCAGUGCCAAUAUGCUGUCCUGUGCAGAUACACAGCUCUAUUCCUCUUCUCAUGGUAAGACCAGAAGUCCCUCUAUAUCUAAACUGAUUUUAUGUAUUUUAUCUGUUUAUGCACACUUUAUCUUUUGUCGGUCUUUAGGCUAGCCAAUGGCGGGGGAUUAUAAGCAGUAGUUCUUAUUUCCAUGUCAGUGUUAUUUUUUCCUAGUUUGGUCCCCAUUAAAGGAACACUCCAAGCACCAUAAACACUACAGAGUGCUGAAGUGGUUCUGGUAUCAAGAGUACAGUUGUGCUAUUGUUCCAUCUUGAAGGAACACUCCUGUGUGGACUUUUAGCAUCCAUUUUUGUAAUGCUUAUAAAGUCUAUUUUACUAGCAUGCAAUUCUUGGAAUACUUUCGAAAUCUCUCCAUUUUUUUUUCAUGCUGUGAAUAUGAUCCGAUGUCAGUUUAAUUCUGAAAACACCCGCAGGUUUAGCAAUUUAAGGCACACAUCAGUCCAUAGAAUUGAGGGACCCCAUUGCAUUUAGAGUUGGUGCUCUAGCGUUUUAGACCAAACUCAACUUGAAUCUCCUCCCUCACCCCCAACUAGAUUCCAGACAAUCUUUUAGAGUUGCAGAUAAAUGGAUUGCUAUAUUCAAACAUAAAACUGUAAAAAAUAAAUAAAAAAAAUACAGUAUAGAGGUUAAACAAAUACAAGGCCAUUGAAUGCAAGCGGAAUGUUCGCAAAAUACAUUGAUAUAAUGGUUGUGUGUGUGUGUACGGGGUGAGGGAGGAAUCCUCAUAUUAACGUGGACUUCAGUAAUGAGUUAGUAAUACGGAAGGGCGGCCGACAAGUCCUGUAAUUUAUGUUGUGUAAAAAUGUAUUGUCACAAACUGCAGAACUGAAGUGAGAGUAUCUUUUAAAUGCUGGCGCUUGCAUGUUGAAUAAAUAUUUUGUCUCAUAUAAAGCAUUGCGUGUUACUUCCUUCCUUAACAGGGAUCCACGCAAUAUAAAUAAUGUGUAAAGGGGUAUGGAAAAAGUCUGUCAGAAAUGAAUUCAAAACGGGGAGACAUUUAUAUAAAUUGUGCACACUCUUUGUUAAUUCUUCUUAAAUCAAAACUUUCUAUGCAGUUUAUUUUAACGUGUUGUGAAGCAGGGAUUUAUGGUUUAAUCUAUUGGAUCAGGCACUACACUGGGAGCAUAUGUUCCUUUCUUUCCUGCAUUCAGUUGGUUAGUCAAAGUGUUGGCUUAUUUCAAUUACCAUGGUGGGAAAAUGGCUAGUAAAUGCCUCAGUUUCAUGGAGUUUGAGACUCCUUUAUCUCUUCCCUCAUAUAG